AAUUGGGAGAGAGAGAGAGAGACAAUGGAGGCGAGUGAAGAAACGGUUAGGUGUCAUCUCUCUCUGUCUUAUCCCAUCUUCUCCGAUUUUUUGUUCUUACACCAUUCAACCAUUCCUCCUUCCUCCUUCUUGCAAUUUUGACUCUUCCGUUUCACCUUCGUCCUCAUCCUCCCCUCUCUUCCCUUUCACUUUCUUCACUUUUCCGCGUUCAUCGCCUCUUGUUUUGUUGCCGCCCUUUCCUUCUCCGUUUCAAUAAUCAAAUUAGGGUUUUUAUUCGCGGAUUCAUCACCAUCGCGACACUAUGGUUAUGAUUCGUACUUGUAGGUUCGACCUCACAGCAUAAAAAGGUGCCUCUCGGGAUUUGAGCUUCCUAAAGCGUGGUAUGCUGUGCUUUCUUUUUUCCAAUCACAAUUUUCAAUAUUCCUUGUUGUUCAUGCUCAAAUUUCGAAGUGGUGUAGGAGUCCAAGAAUCUGGUAUUUCAGUAGGAUGAAAGGUUUUAGAGAUUGGGUUUUCUCUCAGAUACUGUCCAAAUCAUUGGUCUCAUCGACACCGAUAUCUGUCACAAGCAGUUUCUAUGAUGAAGGGAAUCAGGAUGAAGAAGAUAAUGAACAAGGUCACUCAUCUAGCUCUGUAGCAUCUCCAACUUCUUCUGCAUCAGACCUUUCUUAUGAUGGUCAGAGCAAUCAGCGUAUUUCUAUCUUGCCGCAAGUUUCAGAUACGGAAGUUUUUCAAUCUGAAGAUAAUGUCAAUGGAAGACGGAAGGAUAAUUUGGCAAAGGUUGAACAUCUCCAAAUUAAGUUCUUCCGUCUACUCCAGCGCCUUGGCCAAUCACAAGAAAACCUCAUGGUCCCAAAGGUCCUUUACCGGAUUCACUUGGCAACUUUAAUUCGUGCAGGGGAACCAGAUCUGAAAAGAGUUAACAUUAGUAGUCGUAGAGCCCGAGCAAUAGCAAUCCAACAGGAGGAAAAUGGUACACCCCAAUUGGAUUUCUCUUGCAGAAUACUUGUUGUAGGUAAAACAGGAGUUGGUAAAAGUGCUACUAUAAAUUCUAUAUUUGGUCAAGCAAAAACCAUCACUGAUGCUUUCCGACCUGCUACCAAUUGCAUCCAAGAAGUUGUGGGAACUGUCAAUGGUCUUAACCUAACAUUUAUUGAUACCCCUGGUUUCCUGCCUUCCUCUACGAGUAAUGUGAAGAGAAAUAAGAGGAUCAUGCUUUCUAUUAAGAGAUUCAUAAGAAAGUCCCCUCCAGACAUUGUUUUGUACUUUGAGCGGCUUGAUUUGAUGAAUUCUGCCAAUAGUGACUUGCCGCUUUUGAAGCUUAUGACUGAAGUAUUUGGUACAGAAAUCUGGUUUAACACCAUCAUAGUCAUGACUCAUUCUUCCUCACCUAUUCCUGAAGGACCGAAUGGGUAUGCUGUUAAUUACGAGUCAUAUACUUCUCAAUGUACCAAUUUAAUGCAGCACUAUAUACAUCAGGCAGUGUGCGAUUCAAGGCUAGAAAACCCAGUACUUUUGGUUGAAAACCAUCCUCAU